AUGUGGUUGAAAGUGCCAGGAUUUGGUGACAAAGUGAAAGAAUGGUGGACAAGCUACGGGGUAUCAGGGACACCUUCAUUCCGUCUUUCGAAGAAAUUUAAAUUGCUCACGGGAGAUAUUAUUAGAUGGAAUAAGGAGGUUUUCGGGAGGGUAGAGGUUAAAAUGAGGGAGCUCAUGCAUGAAUUGGGGGAAUUAGAGCGAGGGGAAGGGGCGAGAGAGCUAGACGAAUCUGAGAAAGCGAGAUUGGGAGUUGCGGUUGCAAAUCGAAGAAGAAACUUCAUAGAGUCCUUAGUUGUGGAUGGGGUGAGGAUUGAGGGAGAGAAAGAGGUAAAAGGGGCGAUAGUGGGGUUUUAUGAGAAUUUAUACAAAGAGGAAGUUAGUUGGAGACCUACUUUGGAGGGAAUAGAGUUCAACCACAUAGGGGAGGGAGACAGUGAGUGGCUAGAAAGGGCUUUCGUGGAGGAGGAGGUGCACGAGGCUGUGACGAGUUGUGCUGGUGAUAAGGCCCCAGGGCCUGAUGGUUUCUCCUUGGCCUUCUUCUAG